AUGUCUUCGUUUUCAAUUGCUAUUUUACUAUUGAUGAUCAUUUCAUUGAUCAGUGCUGCAAAAGUUUGCCCUGGCUAUGGACAUAUACAUGAACCAAAAAACUGUACAUCAACAUGUUCAAUGAUUAAUGAUCAAUGCCCUCAAGGAAAAAAAUGUUGUUAUCUUAAGACAAAACCAUGUGGUUUUCAUUGUGUUAUACCUAAAGAUAAUAUCGAAAAAUUGGGCAAAUGCCCAACUUUACCAACUGAUGAUCCAUUAGGGUCUGUAUGUGAUGGACACUUUUGCGAUGUCGACAAUGAUUGUAAAGGUGUUAAAAAGUGUUGUUCAAAUUCAUGCCAUUCUCAAGUAUGUUUGACACCACAAUUAUUCAAACAAAAUAUUUAUUAA